AUGUUUGGUCUUUCCGGUUGGGCAGCGCGCUCUGCAGCACAGCAAUUACCACUGCCUUCAGUCUCUCCAGAGGAUACCGCAGACGAAGUCAGCGCGAGCUAUCCAUCUCUCGAGUUCUUCCCAGAUGUUUUCGUUGACCAAACCCUCAGAAAUUUCGGCGUCCCCGCGCAAGAGCGCACAAUCUACUCUGCCUCAGCCUUGGGAAUCACGCUUUUACGAGAAAACAAGCAGUUGUACGAAGAACUCAGAAGCUCUCACGGCCACUCGGUCCUUCAACAAAUAGCUACCAUGUUCACGAUGUCCGAGGAACUAUGCCUUUCCGGAGUGCAGACAUUCACCCACUGGCUUCGACAGAGCCCUUCACAUACCAUCGCCAGCUUGCGGCGGUUCAUGUUGGAGGCUAGAGGAUCCUUCAGAGAGCUCAACCGGGCCGAGCCAGGCUUGUCGUCGGAAUGGGUACAGUGCCAGGAAGAUCUCCACCUGUAUACUCUGUUCAUCGAAGAAUGCGGACUCCACCGUCAGACGGGAUCCACUCCCAUAUUUUCGCCAUCAGAAUUGAAGAGUCCGCCACUGUCUGAGACUUCUACGGAUCCCGCCUCUGCCCAUUCGACCUCCGGCCACUCGAAUGCGUCGUCUCAACGCGAUUUUGCUGCAUAUCGACUCAUUCAUAGCGGCAUCUGGCCUCUCAUCCACAGAGAUUCUGCGAGCACAACAGUUGAAGCUUCCUGCGAGCCAGGCGAUUUGGUAUUGCCGGAAGUCUGGCAAAGCAGCCCGAAAGCGGAGAGCUCGAUGGAAGCCUUGAUCGGCUGGGUCUACCGCGGACAGCUCAUUGCUUCGAGCUUCACCGUUUACGUCCGGGUGUUCAUCAGACUCGCACAAAUAGGAAUGUCAUAG